AUGGUAAGGAUCAAUAACUCUAAUGUGCGAAGAGUACUUUUGGACCAGGGAAGUUCUGCGGACAUUAUUUACGGCGAUGCUUUCGAGCAAUUGGGACUAAAAUAUAAAGAUCUGAUGCCAUACACUAGGACUCUGGUAGGUUUCUCAGCAGAGCAGGUUUGGGUGCGUGGCUACUUGGAUUUAGACACGAUCUUUGGAAUAGACGAGAACGCCAAGCUUUUGCGUGUAAGGUAUCUGGUAUUGCAGGUUGUGGCGUCAUACAAUGUCAUCAUCGAGCGGAACACUCUGAACCGCCUCUUGGGCAACCCAUAUGGCCAUUGGGACCCCAACAACUGUUAG